CUUCCAUUUAUAACCUCCGUCUGUCGUUUUAUCUAAUUAACAGUUUGAGAGCUGGACGGUUAUUUGAUGGAUACAGACAUAAAUGACAUAUUUGAUUCUAUUGCUUGCAAGGAAUUAAUAAUAAGUAAGCAAGGAUUCGAUGAAGGUUUUAAGGUUGGUGAAAAUUCUGGACUAAAGGAAGGUUACCAUCUAGGAUACCAUCAGGGUGCUGCAAUUGGAAAAGAAAUUGGACAUUAUGUGGGCUUUGCUGAAGCAUUGUUGGAAAAUGAACAGCUCUCUUCUAAACUGAAAACUUCACUUUUGAAACUUUCUUCUCUUUCCAAAGAUUUUCCCCGGGAAAAUAACGAGAAUAUAGAUUUUGAUGAAGUAUUGGAAAACAUGCGAUCUUUGUAUAAAUUGUCUUGUUCUCUGGCUGGAAUACAGCCUCUGUUUCGUCCAACUACUUCUAAAUUAAAUUACUGAAAUGGAUAAAGUUCGUAAAAAGUUACAAGAAAGUGUCAGUUUUAUUUCAAGUUACUUACCUUUGGUGAAUUCUCACAUGGUAGAGUUUUUCAGUAAUGAUUUGUGGGAAGCCCAUGUUCCCAAUAAGAUUAAAACCGAAUUUAAGGAAAAGCAUUGGAAUAAAGAAAAUAUUAUUGAUAUAUUUCUUGAGAAUUUGGAGGCUAGCCAUUCAGAAUUGGGAAGAUUCAUACAGUCCUGUUCUGCAAACUCCCUUGAAAAAAAUGAAAUAAUCAUUGGCAUUGAUGAACUCCAGAAAGCUUUCCGAAUGAAUAGGUGUUCAAAUAUGGAUUGUGUCAAUAAAGAUAAAUUUAUGUCUGAAAAGAAGUUCCAUGAAGUGAAAAAAAUGAGUGAACUUGUUGCAGAUUUAGUUAGGACAACUGAUGCUACUCAUGUUAUUGAUAUUGGUGACGGCAAAGGUUAUUUAAGUUCUUAUCUAUCUUUAGUUUAUAAAUUACAAGUUUUGGGAUUAGACAGUUCAACAAAUUUGACCCAAGGUGCAGCAGAAAGAGCCAACAAACUUCAGAAAAGGUGGAAUAGUGCCUUAAAUAAAUUUGACAUCGAAGAUGAACCAUUUAAUAAUGAAACACCUUCAAAAACUAAAAGUAUUGAGGACACCAACAAGCGUAAUGAAUGUUACAAACAGGUGACCAAGUUUAUUACCUAUGACACAGAUCUCAAGAACCUUCUCUAUGAAAAAUUUCCAGGUAGCAUUGAAUAUCAAUAUGGUCUAAUUGGUCUGCACACUUGUGGAAAUCUAUCCCCGAUUUGUUUAAGGCAAUUUUUAUACAAUAAUAAUGCUCCGUUUUUGGUCAACAUCGGUUGUUGCUACCAUCUGUUAGAGGAAGGAAAUGACCAUGAAAGUACUUUCCCAAUGAGCAAUUACUUAAAACAGUCUAAUUUUGUAUUGGGUAGAAAUGCUAGAAUGCUUUCCUUACAAGCCCCAGCAAGAAUAUUUGUUUCUAAAGAGAUUCCUCAGACGUUAAUGUUUCGAGCGGUUUUUGAAUCAUUUAUGGAGCACAAAAUGGGAAAGUGCAUCGGUAAAGGCAGAGAAGUAGGAAGAAUGAGAUCGAAAUGUUCUUCAUUCGUUGAGUAUUCAAGAAAAGGAAUUAAAAAAUUGGGUUAUAAUAUUCAUGUUUCUGAUGAGGAGAUUGCAACUUUUUUUGAAAAAUAUGCUCCGUCCCUUCAGUUUCUUGAAUUUUAUUUCAUGAUUAGGGUUGUUCUUGCUCCAGUUAUAGAAAACAUCAUUUUGCUUGACAGACUAUUAUUCCUACAAGAAAAUGGUAUUAAGCAUUCAUUUCUAGUGAAAUUGUUUGAUUCCUAUGUUUCACCACGUUGUUAUGGCAUUGUUGCCAUAAGAGACAAGCAAUAGUUAGUAUUCCUUUUAUGUGUAAAAAUAAAUUAUUUUGCUAUU